CAUUACACGGUUCUCCCUACUUACGUAAGCAAAGAUUUCUCAGGGUACCUGAUCUUGAUUUGCUCCAGAGUUACGAAAGGCAAACCGAAUCAAUCGCGACACUGCGGAGGGGAAAGUAGAGAGCGAGAGCAGCGGGAGGACAAUGAGGGGUUCCGUCAAUCGGCCACCGACGCCGGAAAUCGACGAUGAGCCACAGAAAGAGCCGACGCUUCAGGAAAUCAUCAACAUCAAAUUGAUCGAGAGUGGGGAGAAGGAAAAGCUGAUGGACCUUUUAAGGGAAAGGCUUAUAGAGUGCGGCUGGAGAGAUGAAAUGAAGGCGCUUUGCAGGUCGUAUGCUAGAAAGAAAGGAAGAAAUAAUGUUACUGUCGAUGAUCUUAUACAUGUUAUCACACCAAAAGGAAGAGCUACAGUACCUGACUCUGUGAAGGCUGAGCUAUUACAACGCAUUCGUGCAUUUCUCACAUCAGCUGCCCUUUAAUAAGAUUUUAUCAGUCUCAAUCUGUUGGGAUUAUGCGAUCAGUUUUAAUUUGUUGGCUUGGAUUAAGGCUUGGCUUUUUAAUACCAUUUUUCUCUCAGCAAUGUUUUUCAAAACUGUUGAAGGGAUCAGUCUGGAUAUAUUACAACAUAAUAAGACUCAUUCCCAGAUCAUUGAAGGGAACCACAUUUUAUCUAUAUAUCAGCUUGAGUAUUGAGAACAUGGUAUUGUACUUCUUUUAAA